GCCUGGACGUAGUUAAGCUGGCACUGUUCCUUCUCUAAACAUGUCCUGUCUUAACUGUCGCCAGCGUUGAUUUGUUUGUGAACUCGUGACACUAUUUGGCAUAUGAAAACUACAUGAAUACGUUUCGGGAUCAUUUACACGCCCUGUGUCUAUGGUAUAAGAUAGGAGGAUAGAGUUUUGAAAUCUAUCUUAAGGAAUGGAUAUUGUCAUCUGUAUGUGUUUAUGGGCAAUAGGUGGCUAUACCGUUUUCACCCAGCAACUUCAUAACACAGAUCCAUUUUUUACAACGAGACCUCUGUUUCAACAACAACAAGCACGGCCUACUCUUUCGGGAGACAAGCAACGCAUCCCAGAGAGCGAUUCAUUAACCCGUUCUGUAAAACAGCCAUUAUCCGAAGUAAAUCAACGUUUUGGCCCUGUAAAUCCACCAGCUGUUCCCCCUCCAGCCCCUCCACCCCCACCACCACCUCCACCACCUGUUGCACCCUUAGUCCUAUCAGCCAUCUCACAAAAUGACCUAUCAAAAUUUAAGUAUCGCAUUCCAGCAGUGAAUAAACCUGGACCUGAAGAUCCUGUAAUCGGACCUAAGGAUCCAGUCAAAAAACCACUUGAUACGGCAAUAGCACCGAAGGAUCCAGUCACAAAACCUCUUGAUACGGGAUUAGGACCGGAGGAUCCAGUUACAAAACCUCUUGAUACGGGAUUAGGACCCAAGGAUCCAGUCACAAAACCUCUUGAUACGGGAUUAGGACCCAAGAAUCAAGUCAAAAAACCUCUUGAUACGGGAUUAGAACCCAAUGAUCCAGUCACAAACCCUCCUGAUACGAGACUAGGACCCAAGGAUCCAGUCAAAACACCUCUUGAUACGGGAUUAGGACCAAAGGGCGCACAAAUUCCCAUACCCCCAGCUGUGGAAAAAAGAUGCCCAGAGUAUCGUUCUUUAUACAGGAGAGACAGGUUGAUACUACUUUACCAAGAGGACAGAUGUGAAAUGGAGGUCCGAUUACGAAGAGAUAAACAAACAAGAGGAGAAACCACAUCCGUGAGAUUCAGGAGGCAUAGACAAUCAAAACAGGACAGACAGCGAGCAUCAAGGACACAGGGACAGAAAGUAGUAUGCGAUGAACUCCCGGUCACUGAGGUAGCAGGCACAAAGUCUAUUAUCACUCGCCCAGACGAGUGCAAGCUAGAUUUAUCAGUCGAGCUGGUAGCAAUGCCACCUGGACGAUCCGGUAAACAACACAGAAAUCGAAAAAGGUAACCAUGAACAGUCCAUUUCAAUAUC